AUGGCAUACUACGACAUUGACGCCAUUCUGCUUGAUGACCAGAUAGUGCCUGCCCACUUUAACACCGCCGCCAUGGACCUCGGAGUGCUAGACCCGUCGACUCCGUCACCACACAUCGAUCAAGGAACCGAGACGGACAUCCCACUUUGGCUCGCACUGUCUCUGGCCAAGCGGAGCAUUGUCACACUACGCUCGCCGUCGUUCUUUGGCGAGUCGUUCCAGGCCCAUCUUCUCGCUGAUGCCCAGGUCCUCAACAUCCACGACAAAUGUCCGUUCUUUUACGAGCUCGGCGUCAAGCUAGCAAAGCUGACCGGCAACUGGGCUCUACCGGCUGUUCUCAAGAAGGCCUUCCACACUCGCUACCUCCGUAUCGUCGACACCUCGAUCAACCUCGGUGCCGCAGACUACUCGGAGCACAUCCGCAAGCUCACCACCGCAGAGCGCAACCUGUUCCAUCUCGGCCACGCCGCGGCAGCAGAGGUUCUCCGCUACAAGACCCGUGACACAGACCGCCUGGCCGCAUCGGCCGUCGUCACCCGCAAGCGUCGCCGUGCUGCGCUCGGCAAAAAGUAGACGCUCCCAGUUAAACCGUCAGUACCG